CAAAGCUGAUCUACAAAAAAAAAUAUUCAAAUUCAAACGUCUCAUCAAAGAAUAUGGGAUUAUAGAAUUCAUAACAAGCUAUAAAUCAUGGAGGAGGAGAUCAACUUCUUAAACAAUUCGUUGAGUAAUGCUCGGCAAGUUCACAUACUUGUUUCCGCUUCGUUUGCCGCUGCUCGUGAUGAGGGCACCUCAAUCCUUUUGGGUGAAUCGGUUCAAACUUAUUUAAACUAUCUCUACACCAAAUAUUCAAACAAUACGGCACUGCAGUCUAGGCUGAAAAGUGGGAAAUGUUUGCAUUUCUUAGGGUGCUUGAUCGAUGCCGACUCCAGGAUGGAUUUCCUUCGGCUUGCAUCCAAUCCGGGCUUUAUCAAUACCGAUUAAUUACCCUUUACCCGUAUCGGGUUUAGUUUUUGUUCAUUGAUAUUGUACUAGGGGAAAUUAUCUUCUUGAAAACUGGAACGUAUGCUGCAUCUAUUGCUCAAAUAUUAUAUUUGCGUACGGAUCCAAACGUAUUUCUAUUUCCAUUUUUUUUUCUGCUCUAAGUUUUGAAUAAAAUCAUCCCAUCUCCCUGCUGCUGCUAGGCUAGGCGCCUUCUUCAGCCCCUUUAGAGUGAAAACACACACCGAGUGCAUCAUUUAUUUCUUCCCUCU